AUGGAUUUAAACCGUGACGAUAUGUCAGUGUAAGAGCAAUAUAGAUGUGAAGAGCCUACAUACUCUGAGCAAAUUGAUGCUUUAGCAUUCCAUACUAUGAGUGUUUCUGGCUCCAAAGGGGUGUUCACAAAAUUAGCUUCUCCUCAAGAUUAUGAGGAUACUGCCCCAUGGACCCCACCUAAGCCUAUUAUUUUUCAACAACAAACCUUUCAAGAAUCAGUCAAUACAUGGCUCAAGGGGAUCAAUACUUCUAACAUGAAUGUCCUGGAUCGAAUGAUUUUCGAUAUUAAUAGAAGGAACAUUAUAGAGAAAAAUCGGAUUUAUAAGGCUAAAUCCCCUCCUCAAUUUAAGGAAACAGAAUUUUUUAAGAGAAUGGAGCAAGAUAACAACCGAAGAGUUGUGACUAAAGAAAAACUUUUGCAGCUUUCUAAACAAAAAGAACAAGAAGAAUUUGAAAAGCAUCUAGUCAAAAAGAAAAUCCCUAAAACUCAAAAGGAAGCCACAUUCAGUCGUCUCAUUGCAGAUGCAUCCAGUCGGCAAGAAACCUUUGAAAUGCGUAAAAAAAUAAAAGAAUUGUCAGACAUUGAAGCGAGUAAAGAAGUUUCGAGUAUAAAAUUGUCCAAAGAUCAGGUCAGCAAUCUUGUUGAUAGGCUACAAGAUUUUGAAAAGAAAAAGUGGGAAAAAAUUAAUUACAUUAAGAGAAUUCAAGAGCAAAAAGAAAUUGAUGAGCUCAUGCUAAUGCAGAAUCGCAUAAAUACCAAAAAAGAAUCAGAUCCUGAGACUUUUGAAAGACUAAUUAAGCCAAAGUCUCCACAGCCAGCUAUUCUCAGCAGCGAUGAAAAGUUAUUUUCUCUUAAAGAUGCAAUUGCAUCUGGAACAAGACUUAUGAAUGCUCACAAAGAAGCCAAGCAAGAGCUUCAAGCAGAGUCUCCGAAGUUAUCAGCAGAUCAAAUAAGUGAGCUUGUAACAAGACUUUAUACACCAAGCCAAACAGCCCAAAAUACUCCAAGAGGGCAAGCAAAUAGUGAAGUUCAUUUUCGGCCGCAUUCAGUUAAUGCUAAAAAUCAAAAAAUGAGUAAAAAUUUGUCCCUACAAGAUUUAAAGGUCGAAAGGAAAAAAGAUAUAGAAAAUCGCUCAGAAAAUGAAGGAAAAAAUAAAGAAGAAAUAGAUGAUGUUAAGCUGUUUCAUAGAAAACCUAUAGCGUUAAGGCUGAAGGAAAUGCAGAAUGAUGCAACGUUUAGACAGUUAUUACCUGUAGAUUCAAGAAGAAAAUCUUGCCAAGAGUUUUCUCAAUGUGAUAGGCUUGAAGUUGAUACAAAUAAUAGUCGCAGCAUUCCUAGUGCAAUUGACACUUAUAAAAUCCUAGUUGGAGAUAUAGAAUAG